UUUGAUCCUAAAUUAUCACAAGUUUAUAAAACUUAUGGAGAAUAUCAAAAACUUGGUGAUUAUGGCGUAAAACGUAAUUUACCAAAUUAUUUACGUACAAAUGUUGUAACAAUAAAUGAAAUAGAUACUAUAGAACAUCAAACUCCUUAUAAUAGUGCUGAAACUUUAAUUAGAUUUAAAAGAAAAUGGAAAGAAAAUUUUUUAAUAUCAAAAACUGUUGAACCUUUAAAAUCAAAUGAUAUUUAUCAAAGAAAUUUUAUUAAUAUAUCAAAAUUAUCAUUAAAAGAUUUUAAAAAAUUAUUAAAAAAAAUUGAAAAAAAAAAAUAUGAUUGGAAUCAACUUUUAAUUAAUUCAACUUAUAAUUCAAAUAAUUGGUUGGAAUUUUUAGGUUUAACUUUUAUUAAAAAAUCUUCUAAUUCAAUUAUUAAAGGUUUAAAUUAUUCUCAUAAUAAUCCUGGUAUUAAUUUUAAAGUACAAGGUCGUACACUUAAUAAAGAUUCUAAUGGAAUUUUUGCUAUUGGUAUAAGUGGUUUGGUUUGUAGUUUACAUUUUGGUAAAGCUCAAAGAUUAAUUCAAGUUAAUCGUAAAAAAUUGGAUAAUUUUUAUCUUGAAAAAGUGGAUUUUGAUGAUCAAGGUCGUCCAAAUAUUAGAGUUUCUCAUUCUCCU